UAGUUGUCAAUUAUUUUGUUGUUUUAUUUGAAUUGAAUUUUUGUCGGGCGGUAGGAAAUUGUAUAUUUAAUAUACACUGAUAGCCGAUGCAGUAAUAAUAUUUGGAAUUGAUUAAGAAUAAAUUUGAAACUGGUAAACGCAUUGCAAACUCGCAGGACAAUCGAAAGGACAUAUUCAACAGGGGCCAAUUCGCCGCCGCCGUCGCUUACACCUGAAACAGGCACCAUUGCGCACAAUCUUGCCACAAGAAGCGUGGCACAAAAGGGUUCGUUGUCGCCCCAGACAGACGAAGACAGCAACAACAACAGAGACGACGACAUGGAGCGGCGGUACUUAAAGAAUCCGUUUCCGGAUUUCACUGGGGGCGAGAACACUCCAUUUGCCAGCGAUGAAGAACACAUCAAGAAUCUAAUUUGCACCUAUGUUGAUGCCAUAUUGGAGCACUGUCAUUCCAACAACGAUGAGGAGGACAGUCGAGGUGAUUUGUACGUGGGCAAUGCAGGUAUUGCCUUCAUGUUUUGGAAACUGGCCAGCUGCGAACAGACACGUGAUCUUUAUCCGGCAUUGGAGCACGGUUCGGCCUUCAUACGCAAUGCCAAGGCCAAUGCCAAGCGCUAUAAGAAACGCUCUGCCGAAAGAUAUUCGUUUCUCUGCGGCAAUGCUGGCAUCUAUGCCGUCUCCGCUGCCAUCUCUCAAGCUGUCAAAGAUACCGAAGAGCUGUCCAAUGAUUUGGCCAACUUCAAAUCGGGCAUACCAUCCAGCAAAGAGUUCAUGCACACCAAAUACGGAUGCGAUGAGAUUCUAGUUGGCCGUGCUGGUUAUCUAUCGGGUUGCUAUUGGCUAAACGAUAUCCUGCCGGAGAAAAAAAUUACUGACGACGAUCUGGUAUCCAUUUGCCAGCUAAUUGUGACCAGUGGACGAGAAUAUAGCAAAAUGAAUAACUCACCGUUGCCGCUGAUGUAUCAAUACCAUGGAACUGAGUAUCUAGGUGCUGCCCAUGGGCUAUGCGCCAUUCUCCACAUGCUGCUGGAUAGUCCCUGGUUCCGUACAGUACCCAUAUCAGCGCCAGCUGCCGAAUUACGUGACAUAAAGCGAUCUAUUGAUUAUUUUCUCGAACUGCAGGAUAGUGAGGGUAAUUUUCCUGUCGCUCUAGAGGAUUUACGUUCGGGACGGGACAAACGAUUGGUACACUGGUGCCAUGGAGCACCCGGCGCUGUCUACAUGCUGGCCAAAGCGUAUUUAAUUUUCAAAGAGGAUAAAUAUCUAUUGUCCUUGCGUCGUUGCGCUGACUUGGUAUGGAAGCGUGGAUUCCUACGAAAGGGGCCGGGCAUCUGUCAUGGUGUGGCUGGCAAUGGUUAUGUGUUUCUCCUUCUAUUCCGACUGACCAACGAAAUGAAGUACCUGUAUAGGGCACAUAAAUUCAUGGAGCUUUUAACCAAUUCGGAGUUCAAGCAACGGGCACGUGUCCCAGAUCGUCCACACAGCCUGUACGAGGGUGUGGCCGGCACAGUUUGCUAUCUGGUGGAUCUUCUCGAACCUGAGCAGGCGUAUUUCCCAUUUAUGGAUGUGUUCCAUUAACAGAAUCCAUCGUGAACAAUCUAAGACCAUUCUACAUUAUACAUAUUUGAUUAUGUUACUGUGUGACCUCCACUACUCAACAAGCUCAACGAUCAGGGAGUUCCGGCUCAAUGUCAUCAUAUACAUACAUACAUACAUACAUACAUACACAUAUAUAUACAUAACAUAUAUAUAUUUUCUAGUCAUUUGUGUGUGUGAUUUUUGCCUCGUUUUUAUCGUUUGCAUUUGCAUCACAUUGUUGCCUCACAUAUUAUGUUGAAAUCCCAAAAACCAAACCUAACCCCCUCUAUCCUUGCCACCUCCUUGGUCCACCACCACAAUUAGGACAUCGCCCAUACCCAUAUUACGAUCUCAGAUCUCAGAUUGAAUGUAGAAUUCGUUCUUGAUACCAUUCUCAUAUCAAAAUUCUAUGUGCUUUAAGCUAAGCAAUUAACAUACUUGCAUACAUCUUAUACAUAUAUAUAUACAUAAUAUA